AUGCUGAUACCAAGCCGGACCCGGGGGUCCCCACCGCUGCUCGGGGGGGCAGCCCUGGUGCUCUGGACGCUACUGGUCCCCGCCCAGGCGGUGGUGAGGGCCGUGCUGGAUUGGAACUCGAGCUCCGUGGACUUUCCAGACAUGCCAGCUCUGUUCGGAGAGCCCUUGGCACAGAGUGGUGUCCGUGGCUACCUGAUGGAGGCCAAGCCGGCCAACGGCUGCCACCCUCUGGAGAAACCCGGGCUGCCCCCCAACGGCUCGCUGGGGGCCAUCGUGCUGAUCCAGCGCUACGACUGCACCUUCGACCUCAAGGUCCUCCACGCCCAGCAGGCCGGGUUCGAGGCGGCCAUCGUGCACAAUGUCCGCUCCGACGAGUUGGUGCGGAUGGCCCACGUAUAUGAGGACCUGCGGCGCCAGAUCUUCAUUCCCUCCGUGUUCGUGGGCGAGGCCGCUUCGCAGGACCUCAGGGGCCUGGUGCGAUGCGACAAGUCUGCCCAUGUCCUGCUGCUGCCCGACUACCCACCCUGCCCGCACCACUACUGCCACCCGCUCCUGGUCCUCUCCUGGGCCCUGGGCCGCGCCCUUGCGCUGCUGGCCUCGUCCUUCUUGCUGGUGAGACGCCUGGCCAGCUGGUUGUGGGGUCCCGGCCGUGUCCAGAGGCUCGGAACAGCAGUGCCCAGGAUCCCGAUGACCACCCCGGUGCCUGCCACCUGCGCCUCCCUCCAGGCCGGGCAGAAGGCCCAAGUGCGCACCUUUACGCGGCGCCACGACCUCUGUGCCAUCUGCCUGGACGAAUACGAGGAAGGCGACCGGCUCAAGAUCCUGCCCUGUGCCCACACGUACCACUGUCGCUGCAUCGACCCCUGGUUCUCGCAGGCGGCCCAGCGAGCCUGUCCCGUGUGCAAGCAGGCGGUGGCGGCCACCGAGGAGGCCUCCGACUCGGCCCUGGGGAACCAGGCAACGGACGACGAGGGUGCCUCCCUGCCCGGACACAAGCCCCCCAUCUGGGCCAUCCAGGCCAGGCUGCGUGCCAGGCGCUUGGAGCUCUUGGCACACACUGGGCCGCAGGGCCGGGGAGGGGACGCGCCCCCCAGGGCGGCCGAGAUGCCCCCUUCAAGGGCCCCUGAGCAGCUCUGA